UUUCCGGCCAGCUUGACGCAGCUCUAACUGGGACACAUGAAGUUCAUUCUCCACAGCUGUUGGUGAUGGCGGCUGUUGUUGAUAAAGACACCAUGAAGAAUUACCACAUAGCGUCUGAGAAAAUUAACACAGAGACCAGUCGCUACCCGUACUGUGUUGUUUGGACUCCCAUCCCCGUGUUAUCAUGGCUGUUUCCAUUCAUUGGUCAUAUGGGAAUCUGCACCUCCACUGGUGUCAUCCGGGACUUUGCUGGACCUUACUUUGUCUCAGAAGAUAACAUGGCUUUUGGAAGACCGACAAAGUACUGGAUGCUGGAUGUUGGUAAAGUCUAUGCCAGUGGCUCUAAUGCCUGGGACACCGCGGUCCAUGACGCUUCAGAGGAGUACAAACACAGGAUGCACAACCUCUGCUGUGACAACUGUCACUCACACGUCGCCAUGGCUCUCAACCUGAUGCAGUAUGAAAACAGCACCUCGUGGAACAUGGUCAACCUGUGUGCUCUCGCUCUGAUCCAUGGGAAACACGUCAGCUGCGCAGGCUUUCUGAAGACCUGGCUGCCUUUCCUGAUGCUGAUGGGCAUCAUCCUCACGGUGGCCCUGGCCCUCAACCUGCGAUGACCUGGGAGGCAGGUGUAGGACAAAGUGGAACCCCCUUCAGGCUGGACGAGGGGUUGACCUUCUAGACGGUGAUUAGUGAAAGUAAUCAAGGACUAUUCGCCUCCAGGAGGAGAUGGUUAAACAGGAAUGUCCAACACGUACACAAACACGUUUGGUUUGUGGGAGGCAGACGGCAUGUUACCGGCAUCUCUCUGGUGGUGGAUCUGGAGUGCCCCGGUGACGGAGAUUGAUUUGCAUUCAGCCGUUUAAUUUGAGAGAAGUAACUGAACACACCACCUCCACACAUAUCAGAACCAAACUCUUAAUGGAUUAGGAAUCUUUGAAAGCAUAACAGCAGGCUUAAGCCAUCACCACCUGCAAAGUGUACAAGUUGUGUCGCUGUAUUAAUCAUGGAAUAGAGGUACACACUGUUCAUAAUCUGAGGGAACACAUUCAUGCCUUGCAUUCACAUUUUGAUGACCUUUGUAAUGGAUUGGGAGAGUAACCUCACGUUCCUGUGCUUCCAGAUUGCCAUUUUUAUACCAUGGAGCACAAACAUGCUUCAUCAAUUAGCUGCCUUUCUAGGAAAUUAAUGCAUCUCAUGCUUGAUCUAUAAUGUAGCUCUUCUACUGUACUGCAACUGAAACCGGAACAUGCCAGAGCGAUUUGUAUUUUUGUGCGUUUUCUUACUCGUGUUUCGAACUCUGUGAAGUCUCAAAAACACUGCAUCUUCAAAAAAGAACUAUUUUCUCAGAACUGCAUUUGACAUGCGUUACACGGAUCACCUCAUGGUACUACUGCGAUAGGUUUACGAUAAGUGUUUCCAUGCCUUUGACCACAGAACAUCACUUCAAUGAUUGUAGCAACCUCAAUGAAUGUGGCUGUGGGAGACACCGAACAGAAAAGCAGGACUGUGACUGAAUCUGGACGUUCAGUAUGACUCCACUUCCUUUAUUACUUUCAACUCAGCACGUCACCAAAGUCCUGAACACGAGACUCAUGUUUUACCUGUGACACACACUCUUUAUCUCUCGUGUUGUUGAACAUGUCUAACCGACGACUUUAGCGUUUCGUGUUGCACCACCUUUAUUAUUUGACUGAAUGUAGGAUUUAGCGAGCUGCUGAGCCUAAGCAGCUGGACUUUCAGAAACCAAGGCUGACCAAAUCCCUUAAAAUAAUAGAUUUUAAACAUGAAACUGCAUUUUUUAUUUGAUUUUGCACCACUUUUAAUGACCUGAUACGUUUUUUUUUUAUAGAGGAGGUGACCUCUGGAAAUUCAGCUGCUGGAAGCAUUUGUGAAACACUGAUUUUGCUGAGUUUUAUUCUCUUUUAGUCAGUUUUAAUCUUAAGACUGCAUCCCUUAAUUAGCUUGUUUGGUUUCUAUCUUGGUGCCAAAAGCAGGAGAAGUGGAGACCAACUCAAACUGUGUCCCUGAAUAUCUGAGUUUUUCUUGGAACCAGUUGGUGGUGUGAGCCUGUCCUAGUUAUGAGCCCUUGUGUGAUCUUUUUGUUCUACCUGUGAGAAGUUAUGAAAACACAUUUUAAGUUCACGGAGAGAAGCUAGAGUCAGUGCCUAAAACGACCUCUCUUAUAGACCCCUCAGCUAUUAUAUUUCAGGCUUGUAUUUAUUUAAAAGAGAACUUUACUCCACGUGAUGGUUGGCACCCAAAAUCCGUUGCCAUGGCUGUCAUGAGUAGAUUCAAAUCCCCUUAUUGUUUGCAAUCAAACACAAGAAAGUGUUGAGCCCCCUCUUUGUCCGUGUCGCUGCCAGAAGCAGCAGGUAGCCAGGAUCCUCAGGUUUUUCACACUCACCGACCCCUGCUGAAAAUCCCCAGCUCCCCCCGAGCCCGAGCCCGAGCCUGAGCAGCGUCGUUCCUGCUGGUUUCCACCUCUGCAGAGCAGAUCCAGAGGUCCCUGUGAAACGCCAGUGCUGCUCCACAAGCUUUGAUAUACGAUACUGGCCAAUAAUCCAAAGUAGAUGUCACUGAAGUGUGAUCUUAUGAAUAUGAAUCAGUUUUACUCUGUGUGUGUGUGAAGGGUUAAAACAGUACCAGUUUUCUAGACUCUGCUCUCCUUAUGAGCUUCUGUUGAAAGCAGACACUCUGUGGCCUCUUGUGUGGAUCUCGCCCAUGUUGCCUGUAAAUAUUUGAACACACAUUACAAUGUACACCAGGUGCUCUUUAUAUACUUUGCAAACUUGAUGCUCACUCUACAGAUUUUUUUCCUUUGAAUAAUUUAUUGUAUAACUUUUGAUCUUCGUACUCUGUGUAUGAUUUCUGCUCUGCAGAGUUAUGCCUGAAUAAGUGUGUGAUCGUGUGUGUGUCUGUCUGUGUGCUAGUCAUGCACACAGCAAGUGGAGAGAGGACGAGCAUGUGAUCGCAUGCCAGCAAGUAUGUACUUCAUGCAUGCAAGAAUAAGAGCGUCAGAGGGAGAAGUUGGAUUCAUACUGUGGCUUCUUUAUUAAUAAUCAGCUGCAUUUUACUGCAGCCAACUGCC